UAACAUCAUGGGAACUCUAGUGGGACAUGUAGCUCCAGGUUUUGGGUUCUUGCUAAUUGGUUUGUGGCACCUCUUCAACCACAUCAAACUCCAUGUUCUUAAUUCCAAGUCCUACGUUGCUCCACCAUGGUUCCCAACAUCUAAAUCCAAGUACCUAGAACUUUUCCUCAUUAUGGCAGGUUGUACAGCCUCCAUAUCCAUGGAACUUUUCAUAGGACCAGAUCGCCACCAACCUUUUGACCCAGAUGGAACCAUUCCCUCUAACCAUCUCCAUAACUUCGAACACUCCUUAAUCUCCAUGACUUUCUUUGUCUACGCAGCUUUUGCUAUCAUCCUCGACCAAAUCCACACGGAAGCACAAUAUGAGUUAACACAGAUGCUAGGUUCCAUAGCCUUUGGUCAACAGCUUCUUCUCUUUCACCUUCACUCCGCAGAUCACAUGGGACCAGAAGGCCAAUACCACUUGUUGUUACAGCUUGUGAUCCUUGUUUCACUUUCCACUACCCUCAUGGGAAUUGGCAUGCCAAAGAGCUUCUUGGUUAGCUUCGUGCGUUCCCUCAGUAUAUUCUUUCAGGGUUUGUGGCUCAUAGUUAUGGGGUUUAUGCUUUGGACCCCUGGUCUUAUACCCAAAGGGUGUUUCAUGAACUCUGAGGAGGGUCACAAGGUUGUUAGAUGCUCUGAUCAUGACUCUCUCCACCGUGCUAUAUCGCUUGUUAACAUUCAAUUCAGCUGGUUCCUCAUCGGAAUCACCAUCUUCGCCGUUUCUUUCUACUUGGUUUUGGUCAAACUCUAUGGUCAAAAGGUUCAGUAUUUCUCGUUGGGGAACGAGGAGGAGGAGAAUGAAGAACGAGAAGAUGAUAAGUCAAAUGACGACGUUGAGUCCCAAAAGAGAAGCGUACUUGGCAACCCCAAGAGCUUUAUUCACGUAGGGAAAACUUUUUCACCUGUUGACAUUGAAAGGUAGAGUUACGAAACUAUAGGAGGGGGUGGUUAAUUUGUGAUUAGGUCGUUGGGGUGUAUAGUGAGUACUAUUAGUUUGGUGGGAUCCAUGUAAAUUUAUUAAUUAAGCCAGCAAUAAUGUGGUUGGCUUAAGAAAACUUGUUCAUGUGUUAUAAGUAUUUUUUAGACUUGGAUAAUUGGUUUGGGGGAUUGUGUGUUUGGACUUUGGGAGAUACUAAAGAAUUAUUAGUGUUUCUAAGUUUGUGGAAAUAUAGAGAUUUUGUUGAUUAAUUUAAGGGCUUAUCUAUU